AUGUUUGGACGCACGUCCACGCUCUCGAGCCGCAGCUCCUUGGAGUCAUCCUCUAGCAGCUCCGCGUCGUUGUCUUCAUGCUACGCGGUCUACGAGGCCAGCAAGACCUUCGAUAACGUCGACACCUCGCUCGUACCGUCCUUCGCCGCCAUGAACCCCUUGGCACACGCCGGCAAGAGCUCCGACGGCCAGCGCUGGCAGCCUGUGCCCGGUCUUUAUCACUGCAAGGAGUCGCUCUACUUCCGCUCCGCGGUGGGGCAGCUCCUGCAACUCGCACACGCCGAGAUCUCCCCCACCGACCUGGAGGUGCGCGCCAAUACGCCCGAGUUUCGUGUCGAAGAUGGCGACUGGGUGGCUCACAAGAACCAGAGCAAGUUCGCACUAGACACGCCGCAGUUUCUCAACUGCGUGGCCCGUAUCCCAGCCUGCCUCAUCAUCUCGCAGCACCAGGUGUCCCAUGCGGUCCCCACCUGUAUUGUGGGUGGGAUCUUGAGGAAACGAGGAGAAGGGAUCAAAGCCUUCAAGAAGAGAUAUAUGGAAUUGGACGGUAGUGUGCUGGCUUACUACAAGAAAAAGCCAGAGAAACACGGGAUCCCUCUCAGUCGAGACGAGAAGAAAGCGUAUGAACGAGGGUGUAUCGAUCUAGACAAGGUUUCGUCUCUGCAGCCCAUGGACAACAAGUCGGAGCCGUAUGGAUUUCUACUCGUAACAACAGCUCGGACGUGGGUUCUGGCUGCAGACUCGGAGACUGAAUACCAUCGAUGGAUCAAGGCUCUCUGUGGCGUCGUCAAGUUCAAUGCUGUUCACGUUAUCUAUAAGAGGCAAUUCCAGUUGAGAGAGGUGAAUGCUCAAGCUAUUACAGAUGUGAGGAUGGCAGUAACUACCAGUGAUACAGUGGGGGAGAUCGUGGAACACGUUUUCAACUGCUACAAACAGGCUCUUGAUGCGGCACCGCUGAAGCCAUACGACCCAACUGAGUAUCUACUGAAGAUCACAGGAUUUCGAGACUAUAUGAUCGAUCGCUAUAGGAUGUUGAACGAAUACGUGCACGUACGAGAAUGUCUGAUGACUAAGAAGACGAUCCGACUCACAGUGGUGCACAAGUCGAUUAUUCGAGAGACUGCGAUGCUGAAUCUAAGUAUUCGCAACAACCUUCAGCUGGCAGGGGACCCACGGAUGAACAAGAGCUCGAACCAACUCGAGGAAGUCAUGGAAAAUGAGAGAUCUGCAUCGCUGCAGAUGACAACGUUAGGGGAGAUCGACUGGAACCAGUCUCAGCCGUGUCGGAAGGGUCCGAUCCCUAGUGUGGCGGUCCAAGAGCCUUUUGCGGUCCGAAUUCAUCGUGUACUCAACAUUCCGCGCACUACGUGUGUGCUGAAGAGAACAAGUGAAGCUGCGAACGUCAGUCGAGUCGAGCUGGCUAGUGCUAGUGUGAUAGUUCGCAUCGCGCUGUACGAUGGAGGUCAGCUGCUGGAAAAUGCCGUUGUAGACACGGCUGACGUGCGGCUGAAAGCGCAACGGAAUGACCUGCUGUUUGUCGAGUGGAGCAAUCCCGUGUGGCACAAAUUCAACGUGAAUAUUUGCGAUGUGACGCGUACGAUGCGUGUGGAAUUGACAGUGAUCGGCAUCAAGAAGAUCAUUGGCGGCCCCAGAUCUAACGGACAGGGAGAAAAAAUGCUGGUGACUGGAAUUAAUGCGUUCGAAGUUGACGGAACGCUCAUGCAAGGUCUUAGCUAUGUUCGUAUGCUGAAUAACUUGCACUCGUGUGUCCAGGGACCGAUCCCGCAUGUGGCGUUACCGAACGAACCGCUGAUUCACGUGGAGUUCUGCAAGUUUGAUGCGCCCAUCGUGUUCGACUGGAGUGAGAACAAUAUGGUUGCAGCGAGUGGUCGCCCGCAUCGAACUAGUAUUGUCCAGAGCAGUCGAUCCGACAUGCUUCACAAGGAAGGAUGGCUGCGUAAGGUGGGGAAUUACAAAACGUUAACCCGUUGGCGACGUCGCUGGUUCAUUCUGGACCAAGGCACGUGCUCGCUGAGCUACGCGGACGAUGAGACAGCUUCAAGGAAGCAGAUUUCGCUGAAAAACUGCUCCGUCAGCACAGCUGAUGCUAUGAACCAGACAUUUACUACUGCGCCCGUCAACAGCGGGACACGACGAGUGCGUCAAACGUGGUGCUUUAAAGUACGACCGAUGGGCUCAUCACGAGAGUAUAUCAUGUCGGCAGAUACGAAGCAGUCUCGCGAGGCUUGGAUGUUGGCGAUUCAAUCAGUUGCCACCAACGGAACUGUGUUCAGCGAGACGAUUACGUUGAGCGAAAUGAGCAGCGGCGAUGUGGUGUUACUUGAGGAAAGCCCACGCGACAGUGACCUGCUAUCCAGACUUAGUGUGUCUUCGAAGCAGCGUCGUGAAUCAGGAUCAUACAGCAGCGACAGCUCCAACCACCGUGACUCGUGUGUACGAGAUCUGCGCAAACUCAUUCUGCUGGACCCGCUGUAUAGCUUCAGUCCGUAUCAAAAGACGCAGCUGUGGACGUACCGAGAGGAGCUGAUCGACAUGUUUCCGGCUCUGCCUCGUGUGCUGACGUGUGUUCAUUGGGAUGAUCCUGAAGAGACGGAGGAAGCGUUAUCGCUGCUCCCGCGAUGGACCGAGCCAGAUCACCAAGCGGCGUAUAUCGAGCUGCUUAGUGGUGAAUUCGCUCACGAAGGAGUGCGCACGUUUGCGGUACAGAAGCUUGGACUGAUGGCCGACACGACGUUUAGCUACUUUUUACCGCAGCUAGUGCAGGCGAUCAAGUAUGAGAACCAUCACGCGUCACCUCUGGUUAUGCUGCUGAUUGAGCGAGCUAUCAAGAACCCGAACCAGAUUGGCUUUGACCUCUUCUGGAGCAUGAAAGUGGAAGCACACAACGACCAAUACCGUGAACGGUACGGCACCAUCUUGAACGCUUAUCUGGAUGUGUGCAGCUCGAAGAUGCGUGCCAUUCUGAAGCUGCAGGACAAACUCUUCUCGGAAGGUGGGAUGCUGGAGCGUAUUUGUCAGAGUGUGAAGGCGAAGAGGAAGGACGGCGCUGCUGAAAUGAAGCGAGCGAUGCAGCAAGGGCUGGAGGCGCUGAAUGAAUUGCUGCCCGGUUCGUUCCAGCUGCCGCUUGAUCCUCGUAUUGAAGUGGGCAAGAUUAUCGUGAGCAAGUGCCGCGUAAUGGAUUCAGCGAAGAAGCCCUUGUGGCUGGUGUUUGAGAAUGCCGAGGAAGGUGGCGACCCAGUCACUGUGAUGUUCAAGGCUGGUGACGAUGUACGGCAAGACUGCUUGACUCUGCAGUUGAUCCGCUUGAUGGACGAAAUGUGGCGUGAAGAGGGUCUGGACUUGGCGAUGGAGCCGUAUAAGUGUGUGGCUACUUCUCCAAUGACGGGUAUUCUCCAGAUCGUGCCUAAUUCAGUCACAACUGCCGAUGUGCACAAGCGUGGCGGUAUCAUGGGCUCUUUCAAGGACCCGAUCUUUGCGGACUGGAUCCACGCGAACAAUCCAGAUGCAAAGAGCCACAAGCUUGCCAUCAACUUGUUUACACGCUCCUGCGCAGGUUAUUGCGUCGCCACUUACGUGCUUGGAAUCGGAGAUCGUCACAACGACAACAUUAUGAUAUCUUCAGCAGGUCGCUAUUUCCACAUCGAUUUUGGUCACUUUCUGGGCCACCUCAAGUACAGCAUGGGAAUGGCACGCGAGCGCUCUCCGUUCGUGUUCACGAAAGAAAUGGCCUAUGUCAUGGGCGGCAUCGAAGGGAAGGACUUCCGAACGUUUAUAGAUAUCGCUAGCAUUGCGUACAACGUUCUGCGGCGACACAUGCAUCUGUUGGUAUCGCUGCUUCUCCUCAUGGUGCCGGCCGAUAUGCCCGAGCUUACAGGUCGCGAUGACAUCAACUACAUCGUGCAAACCAUGAGGCCCGAGCAGUCGGAGGAGCAGGCAUGCGAGUCACUCAAGAAAACUGUCACGGAUUGCCUCAGCAGUUGGUCCAGGCGAUUUGAUAACACCAUUCACAACCUCGUUCACUGA